AUAAGGAAUAUUGUUAAACAAUAAAAUUAGAGACAAAGAUACACAAAUAAAGAAGUUGGUUUCCGGAUCCAUCUCUAGAUUGGCAAAACAUCCUUAUAAAAUUGAGAGAUGUCACUCAAUUAGAAAAAGUGUCAUGAAGAAUUACUCGGGUGGCGGCUCUCAUCUCUCUGCUAGUCUUUGUGAUUAGUUAGCAUGUUUCCAAUUAGAUUGAAAAGUUUGACAGUGCCGUAGUCGCUAAAGACACUUAGAUACGCACCCGAAGCCGUCGCCAACACCUAGCAUAAUUUCUUUUCCUUCAACUCCUCAACCAUUUUCACUGUAAGGCAAGGACUCAACAAUUGGCUACUAGUCCAAUUGCCUAGGAAAUUAACUUCUCCUGAACUGCAUAUAUCAAGUAACAAUUCACAAUUAUUAUGUUUCUUUUAUGAUAUACACUUUGUUUAAAUUUCGCUAUAGUCAUUUCAAAGAAAAGAACAGGUUUAGGACGCAGGCAUAAUCAUGUUAUAAGAGGGGCUUGACCUGGUUUCUGAAUAAUGAGGAUGGAGAUUCUAGGACUCCCCAUCAUCUUAAGAUAUUCAAUGGACAGUAGAUUUUCAAUGGACAGUAAAGCUUUUUGCCUAUCCCUCACUCUAUUUCAGAAACUAUUUUCUUAGUUUCAGAGAUUAUUUAUUUCCCUUGUAGUAACAGGGUAGCAAAAGUGAAUUACGCCUUUCUAUUUGUUAUAACAGUAUUGGUGGCAUGUACAUACAACUUACAGCGGAAGCUGGAUUUAUGCCUUUCUAUUUGUUAUAACAGUAUUGGUGGCAGUACAUACAACUUACAGCGGAAGCUGGAUUUAUGCGUUUCAAUGAAGAUUAAAUUUUUUUGGAAGUUGGGAACCUUACCUCCAGGACUGUAUCACUUCUUAUAACAUAACCUUUCUUUUGGACCGUAGCUGGCAUGUCUUAGGGACUUGGCUAUGACCAAGCCCUUAACAGAAUUGAGAUCGAGAAUGCAGCUGUGCUUCAUUACAAAGGAAUUUACAAGUCAUGGUCUGUCUUAGUGGUCUACAUACGUAAAGUCAGGUGAGCAAAAUUAUAAUCAAAUUGCAUACUAAAGAGUUCAUACAUUAAUGGGAAGAGUUGUGAUGGGGCCUCCUAAGGCGCAAGCAUCAGCUUCAAUGGCUAUGCGCUUUCUGUCAACUUCAAGGCUCCUAAGUUGGACUUUAAGAAUCAAGGAGCUAUCAUCUAAUGAAAAAUGGCAUGAAGUGAUUUCACAAUAUUAUGAAAUUACAAAUGCAGGAAUAUCACAUCAUCUCCUAGAUGUUACCCUCUUCCCUCCCGUUCUGAAAGCAUGUUCAUACUUAUCAUAUAUUGAUGGAAAGUGUCUUCAUGCUUGUCUGAUCAAGACAGCAUUUGACUCGUUCACUUCCAUUGGGAAUUCCAUCCUGAAUUUUUACAUUAAGUGUGGGGAAUUGGAUACUGCUGUAAGUGUUUUUGAUUCCAUGAGAAGCAGAGACUCAGUUUCUUGGAAUGUUUUGAUUCAUGGGUGUCUUGAUUAUGGUGCCUUGGUUGAAGGACUGUGGCAAUUUAUUAAUGCUAGGGUUGCUGGAUUUGAACCCAACAUUUCUACAUUGGUGCUUCUUGUUCAAGCAUGUCGUAGUCUUCGAGCUAAGCAAGAAGGCCUGCAAUUACAUGGUUACCUGAUUCAGAGUGGUCUUUGGGCCAGCUGGUCCGUUCAGAAUUCGUUCUUGUGCAUGUAUGCAGAUGUUGACAUGGACUGUGCAAGAAUUCUAUUCGAUGAAAUGCCUGAGAAAGAUGUUAUUUCCUGGAGUGCGAUGAUCGGUGGCUACGUGCAGUAUCUGGAAGAUCAGAUUGGAUUACAGAUUUUUCAAAAGAUGUUAUCCACGUCGAGGAUAACACCAGAUGGAGUGAUCCUAGUCAGUGUUCUUAAAGCCUGUGCUAAUUCAGUAAACAUAACUAUGGGAAGGUUGGUACAUGGGCUCACAAUUUGCAGAGGUUUAGACUCUGAUUUAUUUGUCAAGAAUUCUCUGAUUGAUAUGUACUCCAAAUGCAAGGAUGCUGGUUCUGCGUUUGAAGUUUUCAGUGAGAUGCCUAGACGGAAUAAUGUCUCAUGGAAUUCUUUGUUAUCCGGAUUGAUCCUUAAUAAAAAAUAUUCAGAAGCUCUGUUGUUGGUUUAUUCAAUGCGAACGGAGGGAAUUGAGGCAGAUGAAGUGACUUUGGUAAAUUGUCUUCAGAUUUGCAAGUACUUUGCUCAUCCAUACCAUUGCAAAGCAGUCCACUGUGCAACUAUUCGUAGGGGUUGCGAAUCAAAUGAAAUAGUGCUCAAUUCACUCAUUGAUGCUUAUGCGAAGUGCAAUCUUAUAGAACUUGCAUGGGAAGUCUUUUCUAGGACGAGGAGAAGAGACGUAGUUUUGUGGAGCACCAUGAUUGCCGGGUUUGCACACUGUGGCAAGCCUGAUGAAGCGAUAGCUGUCUUCCAGAAGAUGAAUGAGGGAAUAGAGGUCCCGAAUGCAGUUACUAUCAUAAAUCUUCUUCAGGCUUGUUCAGUUUCAGCUGAGUUGAAGAGGUCAAUGUGGGCGCAUGGGGCUGCAAUUCGAAGAGGUUUGGCAGCAGAGGUGGCUGUUGGAACUGCAAUCGUUGACAUGUACUCUAAAUGUGGGGAAAUAGAGGCCUCAAGAAAGGCCUUCAAUCAAAUUCCCCAAAAAAACAUAAUAACAUGGAGUACCAUGAUAGCUGCUUAUGGUAUGAAUGGUCUUGCCCAUGAAGCCUUGGCUUUGCUUGCUCAAAUGAAAUCGCACGAGAUCAAGCCGAAUGCUUUAACCUAUCUCUCCGUGCUUACUGCCUGUAGUCAUGGUGGAUUAGUGGAAAUGGGGCUUUCCGUUUUCAAAUCAAUGAUUCAAGACCAUGGGGUUGAUCCUGAGUUUGAACAUUACUCAUGCAUGGUCGACAUGUUAAGCCGUGCAGGAAAGCUUGAUGAUGCAAUGGAAUUGAUCAGGAUGAUGCCUGAAACAUUCAGGGCUGGUGCUAGUGUAUGGGGUGCACUAUUGAGUGCUUGCAGAACAUAUAGGAGCAGCACCCUCGGUGAAAAAGCCGUCUAUCAAGUUCUUGAGCUUGAACCUCUGAACUUGGCUGGAUAUCUAUUGGCAUCAAGCAUGUAUGCUUCAGAUGGUUUGUGGGAUAAUGCAGCUAGGAUGAAAUUAUUAGCCAGGGAGAGAGGGGUAAGGGCUGUUGCUGGUUACAGCAUAGUACACGUUGAUAGCAAGGCGCAUAAAUUUGUUGCUGGAGACAAGUCUUGUUCACAGGCAGGUAACAUACAUCACAUGCUUAAUCAACUGCAUUUCUGUAUGAAGAUUGACCAAAUUGAAAAUAUAGGUUUCUGUUGAUGCUGACCAAGAAAAAAAAUGGGCAUACUACAGAAAAAGCCUAAAGGGUACCUGACCUCUCCUAGAGUUGGAGAAGUACCUGCAUGACAAAAAAGCAUUGGCACUGAGAGCAAGAGCACAAUUAUCUAUCUAGGCAUUGUUUGGUAUAUGGAGUAAAUAAACUCAGGAGCUAGAAGUUGAUAGAGGAUUUUUUUGUAAAUGAGUAAAGAAUCUUCCAAUUUAUGCACUACUAAGCGUGAGUACUAAAGUUUGAUUUCCUGAUUAGGUAAUUAAGUUGUUAAUCGACCAAUUUUUUCUUUAAUUGAAAAAAUUCAUCAAUUGAAUAUUUUUGAAAUGGAAA